AUGGCGGGCCGACCGCUUCUACGCGAGCUACGAACCAGCAAUGAGACAAUAUGCCGAUCCUGUCGUUUGGCGAUUCGACAAAGACCAACGCAACGAAUAGCGGCAACAUAUAGCACCAAAUCCACUGCGCAACAGUCGAUCGAUGAUGCCGUAACACGGAAACCCACCAAAUUCGAACUUAAGCAAUAUCUCGACCGAAUAAAGUCUCUACGGAAUCCGACCCAGGAUAAUGAAUCGUUCAGCGUGCGGUUCUUUGAACAAAAUGACAAUAAGAGAACAGAGCUUUCUGGAGAAGAAGCUUUUGGUGAUUCACUCAAUGAGUUGGAUACGUCAGGCUUAAAAGAUGCUCUUUUAGAGAUCAAGGACGAUAUUGGUGGAAUUGACGAAAAGGCAGCAUUCCAGGAAGUGGUAGAUCAACUGGGUAGCGAAUGGCAGAAAAUGAAGACGGCAGAUGAUCUGGAGAGGAUUAUUACAAAGCUGGAUGCAUACACUGCUGCGAUUGAUCAAGAAAUCGACAAGACCGGCGCAGACUUGCCCAAGGAAUUAUUGGAGAAAUUGGAUUCUGAACUUCCAGGAUUACCAGGACUUGGAUCUUUGGGUUCUCGGGUGACAUUCCCUCAAAUCCCGGAAAAGCCAUGGACGAUCAACCAGCGGAAGAAGAUUGCUCGUCUUAAUUCCAUUCUAUCACGGGUCGCCAGAGAUCAUCGCCGGAAUAUCAAACUUACAACAAAGACGGUACAAGGAGUGUACAAGGCAUACCACUCAGCUAGACUUUCUCUUGCCCACGGUUGGAGUCAUGUACCCCUCGAGGUGUGGGAUUUGCUAUGGAAGAUAUUUUCAGUACCCGAAACUGUCAAUAUUCACCGCCUAUCACAUAUUGCACUUCUUGCUCGCGACAUGAGCGAGGCCAGAGUUACUCUAAACCCUGCCCAGCAAUUGUUGACUAUUGAAGCUGUGUUUGUUGAUGGUUGGGAGUCAAAGGCGAUCGAGAACUGGAAGCGAUGCAUGGGUACCUUGGGCGACGAAAACGCAGAGACAUUCCAAGAGUUUUGGGAGCUUGGUGUGAGGAUGUACUGCCGUGUGGGAGAUCUGGACCAAGCACAGCGAGCCAUCAGCAAGCUGAUCCAAAAGCAAUCGGAUCCUCGCAUCCUGAUGCCUUUCAUCCGUACAUGCUCUGAACUAGGCACAGAAGAGGGCAAGGAGAAGGCUUGGGCGGCCUAUCGCCAACUCCGUGAGCUUCUAGGGGAACAUAUGAAGCUCGCUGACUAUGACCAAGUCAUAUCCUACUUCCUGACAACUCAUCAGACCGAAAAUGGCUUAUACGCCUUCGUCGAUAUGAUGAGCGACGGCAAGAUCGAUUUAAAGAAGCAAAAGCAUCUGCCAUCAGUCGUGGCAAACAAGUUCUUCUUUGGAAAGUGGUUGAAGAGGCUGAUUGGUGCUGGCGAUCUGAACGGAGCGCAUAGUGUUGUAGAGUUCAUGGGUCAGAAAGGCAUUGAGCCAGCUCCUGUGCAGCUGAACGGUCUUAUCGCAGCAUGGCAACGGGUGGGAGGAGCUGAGGAUCUUGAGAAGGCGGAUCAAAUGGCAUGGGGCAUGAUUGACACACGAAUCGAGUUUGUCAAGGCACGAAAAGAGGCCGAAACAUCUCAAGACCCAUUGGGUAAGGAUGAUGCAAAGACCGGCCUACCAAGAGCGACGCUCGAGACAUUCUCGCUAUUGGCAGAGAACUACCGCCUACGAGACCUACACGAUCGCAUUCUGAUGCUCUGGGAUGCCUUCCGCGAAGCAGAGAUGAGGGCCGACUCUUUUGUCAUCAACCAACUUCUCGAGUCCUACAUUCAAGCAGGACAAUCUCAGCAAGCUUUAGACUUAUAUCAAACGCUCGUGAUAGAGAAAGGUGUCGAGCCCGACCCCUUCACCUUUAGCGCGCUUUGGAAGACCCUUUCCAUCAACAGACUGCACACCUCUGCUGGCCCUGUUGCUGGUCAGGUUGAGCAAACCCGGAAAAUGUUUGCUGAAACGAUCAAGUUUCCUAAGAUCUUUGAGCCUGACGGCAUAGACGGCCAGCUUGCUCGCAAGAUCCUGCAUACUUUCCGCCGUGUCAAGGACAACGUUGGUCUUGUUGUUGCAUUGACAACUCUUCGAGAGGGAUUCCGCUUCCUCCCCCCCGAGACUCUCAUUCUUGAGAUGGUCUUGGAUACAACUAAGCUAUCAUGGGAUUCCCCAGCCCACCGCCGACGUCUUAUGACCGCCAAACGUAAUCUCGAUCGAAGUCUUGCCGCUUCAGCUGAUGGUGAUGUAUCGGGCCUUGAGAAUGAGCGUCGUGCUCAGGCAUUGUUCGAGUAUUUGCAGAGACAGUACUGGCCUACCGAGGGCGACGAGGCCUACAAGGCAAGUUUGUUCAAAGAGGCGGCAGCACAGAUGGGAGUGUACGAUUUGCUGAAGAAAAGUGUAAAGUAG